AUGCUCUUUUUCAGCUUUUUCAAAACCCUUACCAACCAGACCGUCAUAAUCGAACUUAAGAAUGAUAUUCGCAUCCGAGGGACUCUAAAAUCGGUGGAUCAAUACCUGAAUAUUAAGCUGGACGAUGUGGAUGUUUUGGAUCUGGACAAAUAUCCCCACCUCUCCUCGGUAAAGAACAUGUUUAUCCGUGGAAGUGUGGUGCGAUACGUGGUACUUCCACGGUCGGAGGUUGAUGUUGGUCUUUUGGAGGAUGCUACACGAAGAGAGGCUGCAAACCAAGCCGGAAAGGCUCGAUGA